AGGGUCGUGACCCAAGUUUACCCUCAAUACUCUUGAAUUCCCACACUGAUGUCGUUCCGGUUUUUGAGGAAAAGUGGAGUUGUAAACCAUUUGAAGCUUAUAAAUCGGAAAAUGGCGAUAUCUUUGCCAGAGGCGCUCAAGAUAUGAAAUGUGUUGGUGCAAGUUAUCUUGAAGCUAUUCGAUGUCUUCGGAAAAGAGAUAAACAACUAUGUCGAACAAUUCACCUUUCAUACGUUCCUGAUGAAGAAAUUGGUGGAGAAGAUGGUAUGGGUCAUUUUGUGGAGUCAGAGGAUUUUAAAAAGCUGAACAUUGGAUUUGCUUUGGACGAAGGUAUUGCAAAUCCGAGUAAUGCAUUGAAGGUGUUUUAUGGUGAAAGAGCACCUUGGUGGAUUAACGUUAUUACCAGAGGUAACGUUGGACAUGGUUCUCAGUUAAUUCAAAACACGGCCGUUUCAAAACUGCAUCGCAUAAUCAAUAAAUUUAUGGAAUUUAGAGAUUCCCAAGAACGUCAAUUACUAAUUGGUAGACAUCCUGGUGGAAAAAGUUAUAGUCUUGGCGAUGUGACCAGUGUUAACCUUACCAUGUUACAAGCUGGUGUUCAACAUAAUGUUAUUCCACAAGAAGCGAUAGCUGGUUUUGAUAUCAGAGUAACUCCAAAUGUAGACAUGGUUCGAUUCAAAGCUUUAAUAGAAGAGUAUGUAUACUCAGAGUCAGACUCGAAAAUAGAAUUUGUUCAAUAUCACGAUGACAACAGCUACACACCACUAAAUGAAGACAAUAUUUGGUGGGCUUCCUUUCGCGAUUUCUGCAUGGAUCGGAAAAUUGCUAUUGAAACAGAAAUUUUUCCUGCUGCAACUGACUCGAGGUAUCUUCGCAAGUUGGGCAUUCCAGCAUUAGGUGUAUCUUACUUGAAAAAUACACCUAUUUUGUUACAUGAUAAUGAUGAGCGUAUAAAUGAGAAUUUGUUUCUUGAAG